UCUGAUUUUUGUAAUUUAAUUUCCAGCCACCCCUCCACGUCAAGGCAUUUGUUGUAGAUUGUUGGGUGGAUACAACUCCCACAUUGAAUACACGUUCUUGAAGUGUGUGCUUCUGACUGCUACAGUUUCACCGAGCAAAAAAAAAGACUGCUUCAGUUUCAGUUCCAAUGGCUAGAGGUGAUGGUUCCCGGAUGAAGAAGCCCUGUGAUUGUUGCAAAAGAUACUUGGACCACUUGGAUGAAAAGAAUCAGCCUAUGAGCUAUUUCUUCAGGCGUAUGGAUGCUAAUUCUAAACAGAGCCUAAUCGUGCCAAACAGGUUUGUGAAGCGUUUUGCAGGAAAGCUGUCAGGAAGAAUCAAAUUGGAAUCUCCUAAUGGUACUCUGCAUAAUGUUGAAGUCAGAGAGCAAUAUGAUAAGACGGUGCUUCAACGUGGAUGGGAGGCAUUUGUUGAUGCCAAUCACGUAAAAGAGAAUAACUUCAUGCUCUUUCGUCACAUUGAGAAAUCUCGUUUUGAGGUUCUGAUUCUUGAAUCCGAUGGUUGUGAGAAAGUUUUUCCUUGUGCCGGAGUAAGAAACACCCCAUGUAUUCAAGAACGAAGGUUAGAUUCAGUUGAUAUUUCAAGCAGCUAUUCUCAUGACACCACAGAAUCAUCUGGACGUCAAAGAUUUGCGAGGUGUCAGAGGAGUAGCUGCAGUCACCGUGGAAGAACUGCAAAUAUGACUGCGACAUCCUCAUCAUUCGAGGAGUCAGGAGAAGACGCUUCUUCUGAAAAUACAUCUUUUGAGUCUGAUAGUCUUGAGAUUGCACCAAAGGCUGACUAUGUUUUAUCAAGUAGAAGGUAUCUAUCUGAAGCACAAAGAAAGAAAGUAAUUGCGCUUAUCCAAGAAAUCAAACCUGAAAUCGCUGUUUUUGUAUCAAUCAUGCGGAAGUGCAAUGUUCAAAGCUCAGGUCCAUACUUGGUUAUAUCUAAGGAAUAUGCAUUGGCACAUUUUCCACAUGAAACCACAUAUCUCACACUUCAGAGGCCAGGCAAAAGCAAGAAGUGGCACCCCAGAUUCUACAUAAGAAAUGACAGAAGAGUGUACAUGCUUAGAGGGCAGUGGUUAGACUUUGUGCGUGACAAUCAUGUGCAGGAAGGGGAUAUAUGCCUCCUCCUACCAGCAAAGACUGGGAGAAAAUUCACGUUGACGGUCUAUCUACUUCGUGCAACAGAAACUCAUUCCAGUGGUGGAAGUGGAACUGGUUUACAAAGGUUUGGCCCAUGCCAUGGUAAAUCAAUUAAGGAGCUGGCUUCCCCAGUUCAUAUUAAGGAGGAGUCGAUAGAUGGAGAACAUGUUUCCUCGGAGAGUAGCAUGAAAGAAAUUUCUGACGGAUCCCUGAACAGCAAUGACUCUGGAGGUCCUUGUGACCCUCCCUACAUUGUACCAGGCAAGAGCUGUCUAUCUCGAUCUCAAAAGAAGAUCGUUGAAACGAAAGUGCGAUCCAUCCAAUCUGAAGUUCCCAUUUACAUAGUAAUCAUGAAGAGCUCCAGCGUUGUUGUCUCUAAGCAGAUGCUAGAAUUUGGUGCACACUAUGCUGCUGCAUAUCUUCCGGCUAGAGAGCAAACCAUGGUGCUCCAGUGCAACGGGAAGACGUGGAAUACCGAUAUGGUGAUUCGUAAUGGCAGCAGGUUGUUUCUGCGUGGAGGUUGGCCCAAAUUUGUUUGUGACAACGGUCUGCGAGUUGGUGACAUCUGUCUGUUCGAACUGAAGAAGAACGAGAGCAAGCUUACCAUGGAGGUCCAUGUUAUCUCCAGGGAGGAGUUUUAGUUUGAAUUAAUCAAGUAUACACGUCUUGUGGUGAUGUCUAAUUGUUGUAAGAAAUUUUUAAUCCCAGCCUUAUUAUGAAUAUCGAGAGACUAGAGGUAACUUAAUAUCAGUAUCAAUCGCUGUUUGGUUUCUAGAUUGGCCCUUCAACCCCUUGCUUUUGAUGAUAAUUGAGAUGAUAUUCACUGCCUCAGAAAACUGUGAUGACUUGAUGCAAAUAUUACCCCUACUGCACAUUCUGUUGUAAACGGUUUCUGGGUAACUUUGAACCAACAUUUGUUUGGCAGUAACUUUGAA